AUGUGGUGUGUUGCUACCACCGCAGCUCCCCUUCAUAGCAUUCCAGCUGCUAGAGGAUAUAAUCAGAUCGAAGCAGUUAACCAGGAUGAAGAUCCUCCCCAAUACACACUUGACGGCGCGGCUCUUGAAAAACCACCGUCAACGCGCAGCCAACUGGAAUGUCGCAUUGUCAACCUCUGGAAGAAAGUCUGGCUGGGACUUUAUCAGAUCGAUGACAAUGAAGAUCGCUAUCAUUUUGAGAGAAUCGAGGCUCUUUCUCUCGGGGCUGGUUUGACUCGCACAUAUCGAGUUGGCGAGCUCCAAGUUCUCAGGCGUCAUUUUAUUCGAAGCGAGACCAACAAUGGCGUUGCUGCCCUCAAACUGUUCCCAGGUCUAUCUCUUUCAAUUCUGCUAUCUGUGCUCCAGAUUUUGGAGGCAUACGAAAGUGAAAUUGGCAACCUCAACCUACUCUAUGCCAUUUUGCGGAGUGGUCAGCUUGCCCUGCAUGAGGCUGCUGAUCUUGCUCACACGACUGUUGUUCGAACCGAAUACAUGGCAAUUGCAGAGUCAAUGGAGAAGAGAAUUCGACAGUAUGAUAUUCGAAUGGAUGUGCUUAAUAUGGAAAUUUGUGACGAGGCGAUGGAGUUCCACGAGCGACGCAAGGGAGAAUAUAUUUAUCACAAAGCAUUCCCAAAUAUGUGGUGA